AACCACAGUGCAAGGCAGUACUACUAGUAAAGCCCUCAAUUGCCAGAUGAUCAUGGCCAUCCCAAAGGUUUUUCUCCUUGCCGUCGUCCUAGGCUGCAUCUGCCUGUGCAGCACUGUCCUAUCAGCUCGGGAGCUCGGCGACGCGGCCAUGGUGGAGCGGCACGAGCAGUGGAUGGCGCAGCACGGCCGUGUCUACAAGGAUGGCGCCGAGAAGGCGCGGCGGUUCGAGGCGUUCAGGAACAACGUCGUCUUCAUCGAGUCGUUCAACGCCGCCGGGAACCGCCGCAAGUUCUGGCUCGGCGUCAACCAGUUCACCGACCUUACCAACGACGAGUUCAGGGCGACCAAGACCAACAAGGGCUUCAUCAAACGGAAUGCUGCCGCCGUUAAUAAGGCGUCUCCAACUGGGACGUUCAGGUACAGCAAUGUCAGCGCCGAUGCACUUCCUGCCGCCGUCGAUUGGAGGGCCAAGGGCGCCGUCACUCCCAUAAAAAACCAAGGACAAUGUGGAUGCUGCUGGGCGUUCUCGGCCGUGGCUGCAACGGAAGGCAUCGUGCAGCUGAGCACGGGCAAGCUGGUCCCGCUGUCGGAGCAAGAGCUCGUCGACUGCGACGCCAACGGCGCGGACCACGGGUGCGAAGGCGGCGAGAUGGACGACGCCUUCGAGUUCAUCAUCAAGAACGGCGGCCUCACCAGCGAGACCAACUACCCAUACACGGCACAAGACGGGCAAUGCAAGGCCAAGAACACAAUCAACAGCGUUGCCACCAUUAAGGGCUACGAGGACGUGCCGGCCAACGACGAGGCUUCGCUCAUGAAAGCCGUGGCCGCGCAGCCGGUGUCGGUGGCCGUGGACGGAGGGGACAUGGUGUUCCAGCACUACGCUGGCGGCGUGUUGUCUGGGUCCUGUGGGACUAGCUUGGACCAUGGGAUCGUGGCUGUGGGGUAUGGAGCGGCGGACGAUGGGACUAAGUUUUGGUUGAUGAAGAACUCGUGGGGCACGACGUGGGGUGAGGACGGCUACAUCAGGAUGGAGAAGGAUGUUGCUGACGCCGGUGGUAUGUGUGGCUUGGCCAUGCAGCCUUCCUACCCCACCGAGUAGGACGACGACGGAUCCAAUUGUCGUAUAAAUACUUGUCUGCAGAUUAAUUAAAAUUCCGUUUUGAAAAUAACUAAAUGUUCAUUGCACAAUUAUCUGUAUUUUGUUUGUGUGGAUAUACUACUCCCUCCGAUCCAACUUUUCCA